AAACGCCCCGCCCCUGCUCGUCGGUACACAGCGUCGCCUCGACUCAACCAGAGCACAUAAUAAGAAUCAAACAACGCAACCUCUGCGCGCGAGAGAUCGACACAUCCAUCGGAAUCACAAGACAGAGAUGAGCUCGUCGGCGGCCAAGAAGGGGGCGUCGCUGGUGGCGGCGACGAGCAUGGCGGCCGUGGAGGCGCUCAAGGACCAGGCGGGGCUGUGCCGCUGGGACUACGCGCUCCGCUCGCUCUACCACCGCGCCGUCCCGGCGUCCCUAUCCUCCUCCUCCCAGCACGCCGGGAGCGGCAGCGCGGCGGCCGUCGGCAGGGCUGCGCGGCCCAGGCGAUCCGAGGAGGAGAAGCUGCACAAGGCGUACCACAUCGUCUGCUGGGGACCCAACUGAACUGAUUGUAAUAGCCAAACUGAUUAGCACUAAUAAGCACAUUCGUGUUCUGCUUCUCCAUUUCUAUUCCUUCCCAUCUUGGUUAUCCGUGAACGGUGUGUAAACCGAGAUAUAAGCAUCCACGGUUUGUAAAUCGAGAUAUAUGUUUCAAGGUGUGUCAUGCACUCGGCCCUCUGAUCUGAGGCGAGCUGCCAAGUGAUAGAUGAGGCAAAUAUAAGGAAAUGGCAUUGUUCCUGUUC